AUGCUCUUGGGGAACCAAGCACCAAUUGAGUUUAUAGCCGUCACAUUCCCGCCACCCUACCGCCACUUCCCGCCACCCGUCUCCCCUGUUCGCCGCCCAACCUCCCGUGCUCGCCGCCCGAUUACCCCUUCCCGCGGCCCGAUCUCCCCUUCCUGCCGCCCGAUAUCCCCUUCCCGCAUCCUCUCGCCUCUCCGCGCGGCCUCCUCUCGCCUCUCCGCGCGGCCUACUCUCGCUUCCCCCUCCCAUCGCCCUCGCUUCCCCCUCCCAUCGCCCUCGCUUCCCCCUCCCAUCGCCCUCGCUUCCCCCUCCCAUCGCCCUCGCUUCCCCCUCCCAUCGCCCUCGCUUCCCCCUCCCAUCGCCCUCGCUUCCCCCUCCCAUCGCCCUCGCUUCCCCCUCCCAUCGCCCUCGCUUCCCCCUCCCAUCGCCCUCGCUUCCCCUCCCAUCGCCCUCGCUUCCCCCUCCCAUCGCCCUCGCUUCCCCCUCCCAUCGCCCUCGCUUCCCCCUCCCAUCGCCCUCGCUUCCCCCUCCCAUCGCCCUCGCUUCCCCCUCCCAUCGCCCUCGCUUCCCCCUCCCAUCGCCCUCGCUUCCCCCUCCCAUCGCCCUCGCUUCCCCCUCCCAUCGCCCUCGCUUCCCCCUCCCAUCGCCCUCGCUUCCCCCUCCCAUCGCCCUCGCUUCCCCCUCCCAUCGCCCUCGCUUCCCCCUCCCAUCGCCCUCGCUUCCCCCUCCCAUCGCCCUCGCUUCCCCCUCCCAUCGCCCUCGCUUCCCCCUCCCAUCGCCCUCGCUUCCCCCUCCCAUCGCCCUCGCUUCCCCCUCCCAUCGCCCUCGCUUCCCCCUCCCAUCGCCCUCGCUUCCCCCUCCCAUCGCCCUCGCUUCCCCCUCCCAUCGCCCUCGCGUCCCCCUCCCAUCGCUUGUCCACUUGCGCCAUCUGUCAGUGUGGGGCAGCAGCAUCACCAUCGCCUCUGCCUCGCUGCUCUACUGCAGCUGUCCUUGACGCCUUUCUGUUACACCUCUCCCACUCCCUUCCCCACACGUUGCGACGCAACGCCACAUGCUGCUCACCCAUCAACGCGCGCUUUCGCCGUUGCACGCUCUCUUAUUGCAACUAGCUUCGAACAUCCCCACUACCUGAAUCGAUAUCAGAGUACGAUCACUCCUCUUGCACCGUAUCUCUCCAAAACCAGCUUUUUCCCGCGCCACCCGUCGUCCCGCCGCCUCCGCGCCAUGCAGCGGCCGAUUGCGGGGCGGCUGAAGCACGCGGCGGGCUCGACGCCGCUCGUGGUGGUGGCGGACGACGUGCCGCCCAUCAGGAUCGCGGAGCGCCGUGCGAUCGACCAUCUGAGCGAUCUCGACCAUCCACGUGGCUCCCCGCUCGCCAGCGGCAAGCACGCCAGCCCGCACGCCGCCGCCUUCCGCUCGCCCUCCGCAGCUGGCGGCGUGGCCUCCCCGGUGGCCGCCUUCUCCCCUGCGGCGCUCUCCCGUGAGUUCGCACUUGCCGCCGGCAGCCACUUCCACGGCGGCCCUGCGCACGCACACGCGGGGCACAGCGCAUACGGGCCACACGGGGCACACGGGGCACACGCGGGGCAUGUGGGAAGCGGAGCGGCGGGUGCAGAGAGGGCGGGCGGGGCGGGCGGGGGCGCGGUGGUGUCGAAUGUGGCGGGGGUGGCGGUGCUGCUGCUGCUGCUGAACCUGUCGACCAUCUACCUCUUCUUCCAGUCAGGCCUCUCCUCGCGCUCGCUCUCCGCCGCCUCCGCCGACAUCCGCCUGCGCAGCGGGCAGCAGGAGCGUGCCAUGGCGCACCGCGCCGCGCUCUCCAGCGACCCUCCCGCCCGCGCACGGUACGGUACGGGCUGGCCGGCCGCACUGCCAUGCACUGGCCGGCGGUACGCACUGCUUUGUGUGUUGCGCCGUGGCACCUCUGCUGCAUGGCACCGCAUUGCAUUGCGUUGCAUUGCAUGCUACCACGCCAUGGCAAGUCCCAUGAUGCCUCUCCCGCCCAUCUUCCUCCCACCACCUCCCCUCCCCAUUCUCAAACCCAUCCUUCCUCCUCUCCCCUCUCCCAGCAUGCAUGCAGGUGGGGGGGCAAGCAGCAAUCCGGUGCAGGCGGAGGGGGGGGCGGGCAUGGGGAGGGGCGUGGGGGCGCACCUGAGCACGGCAGUGAGGGCGCGGGAGACGGUGAACGGGCGGCUGUUCCACAUCGCACCGGGGCUGGCGGCCAGCAAGGUGCCGUGGAACGCCACUGACAACUCCUUCCUGCUCUCCCUCGUACGCCCUUCCUGCUCUCCCUCGUACGCCCUUCCUGCUCUCCCUCGUACGCCCUUCCUGCUCUCCCUCGUACGCCCUUCCUGCUCUCCCUCGUACGCCCUUCCUGCUCUCCCUCGUACGUCCUUCCUGCUCUCCCUCGUACGCCCUUCCUGCUCUCCCUCGUACGCCCUUCCUGCUCUCCCUCGUACGUCCUUCCUGCUCUCCCUCGUACGCCCUUCCUGCUCUCCCUCGUACGCGCUUCCUGCUCUCCCUCGUACGCCCUUCCUGCUCUCCCUCGUACGCCCUUCCUGCUCUCCCUCGUACGCCCUUCCUGCUCUCCCUCGUACGCCCUUCCUGCUCUCCCUCGUACGCCCUUCCUGCUCUCCCUCGUACGCCCUUCCUGCUCUCCCUCGUACGCCCUUGCUGUUCUCCCUCGUACGCCCUUCCUGCUCUCCCUCGUACGCCCUUCCUCCUCUCCCUCGUACGUCCUUCCUCCUCUCCCUCGUACGUCCUUCCUCCUCUCCCUCGUACGUCCUCCCUGCUCUCCCUCGUACGUCCUUCCUCCUCUCCCUUGUACGCUUUUCCUGCUCUCCCUCGUACGUCCUUCCUGCUCUCCCUCGUACGCCCUUCCUGCUCUCCCUCGUACGCCCUUCCUGCUCUCCCUCGUACGCCCUUCCUGCUCUCCCUCGUACGCCCUUCCUGCUCUCCCUCGUACGCCCUUCUUGCUCUCCCUCGUACGCCCUUCCUGCUCUCCCUCGUACGCCCUUCCUGCUCUCCCUCGUACGCCCUUCCUGCUCUCCCUCGUACGCCCUUCCUUCUCUCCCUCGUACGUCCUUCCUGCUCUCCCUCGUACGCCCUUCCUGCUCUCCCUCGUACGUCCUUCCUGCUCUCCCUCGUACGCCCUUCCUGCUCUCCCUCGUACGUCCUUCCUGCUCUCCCUCGUACGCCCUUCCUGCUCUCCCUCGUAUGCCCUUCCUCCUCUCCCUUGUACGCUUUCCCUGCUCUCCCUCGUACGCCCUUCCUGCUCUCCCUCGUACGCCCUUCCUGCUCUCCCUCGUACGCCCUUCCUCCUCUCCCUCGUACGUUCUUCCUCCUCUCCCUCGUACGUCCUUCCUCCUCUCCCUCGUACGUCCUCCCUGCUCUCCCUCGUACGUCCUUCCUCCUCUCCCUUGUACGCUUUUCCUGCUCUCCCUCGUACGCCCUUCCUGCUCUCCCUCGUACGCCCUUCCUGCUCUCCCUCGUACGCCCUUCCUGCUCUCCCUCGUACGUCCUUCCUGCUCUCCCUCGUACGCCCUUCCUGCUCUCCCUCGUAUGCCCUUCCUCCUCUCCCUCGUACGUCCUUCCUGCUCUCCCUCGUACGCCCUUCCUGCUCUCCCUCGUACGCGCUUCCUGCUCUCCCUCGUACGCCCUUCCUGCUCUCCCUCGUACGCCCUUCCUGCUCUCCCUCGUACGCCCUUCCUGCUCUCCCUCGUACGCCCUUCCUGCUCUCCCUCGUACGCCCUUCCUGCUCUCCCUCCUACGCCCUUCCUGCUCUCCCUCGUACGCCCUUCCUGCUCUCCCUCGUACGCCCUUCCUGCUCUCCCUCGUACGCCCUUCCUGCUCUCCCUCGUACGCCCUUCCUUCUCUCCCUCGUACGUCCUUCCUGCUCUCCCUCGUACGCCCUUCCUGCUCUCCCUCGUACGUCCUUCCUGCUCUCCCUCGUACGCCCUUCCUGCUCUCCCUCGUACGUCCUUCCUGCUCUCCCUCGUACGCCCUUCCUGCUCUCCCUCGUACGUUCUUCCUCCUCUCCCUCGUACGUCCUUCCUCCUCUCCCUCGUACGUCCUCCCUGCUCUCCCUCGUACGUCCUUCCUCCUCUCCCUUGUACGCUUUUCCUGCUCUCCCUCGUACGCCCUUCCUGCUCUCCCUCGUACGCCCUUCCUGCUCUCCCUCGUACACCCUUCCUCCUCUCCCUCGUACGUUCUUCCUCCUCUCCCUCGUACGUCCUUCCUCCUCUCCCUCGUACGUCCUCCCUGCUCUCCCUCGUACGUCCUUCCUCCUCUCCCUUGUACGCUUUUCCUGCUCUCCCUCGUACGCCCUUCCUGCUCUCCCUCGUACGCCCUUCCUGCUCUCCCUCGUACGCCCUUCCUGCUCUCCCUCGUACGUCCUUCCUGCUCUCCCUCGUACGCCCUUCCUGCUCUCCCUCGUACGCCCUUCCUGCUCUCCCUCGUACGUCCUUCCUGCUCUCCCUCGUACGCCCUUCCUGCUCUCCCUCGUACGCCCUUCCUGCUCUCCCUCGUACGUCCUUCCUGCUCUCCCUCGUACGCCCUUCCUGCUCUCCCUCGUACGCGCUUCCUGCUCUCCCUCGUACGCCCUUCCUGCUCUCCCUCGUACGCCCUUCCUGCUCUCCCUCGUACGCCCUUCCUGCUCUCCCUCGUACGCCCUUCCUGCUCUCCCUCGUACGCCCUUGCUGUUCUCCCUCGUACGCCCUUCCUGCUCUCCCUCGUACGCCCUUCCUCCUCUCCCUCGUACGUCCUUCCUCCUCUCCCUCGUACGUCCUUCCUCCUCUCCCUCGUACGUCCUCCCUGCUCUCCCUCGUACGUCCUUCCUCCUCUCCCUUGUACGCUUUUCCUGCUCUCCCUCGUACGUCCUUCCUGCUCUCCCUCGUACGCCCUUCCUGCUCUCCCUCGUACGCCCUUCCUGCUCUCCCUCGUACGCCCUUCCUGCUCUCCCUCGUACGCCCUUCCUGCUCUCCCUCGUACGCCCUUCCUGCUCUCCCUCGUACGCCCUUCCUGCUCUCCCUCGUACGCCCUUCCUGCUCUCCCUCGUACGCCCUUCCUGCUCUCCCUCGUACGCCCUUCCUUCUCUCCCUCGUACGUCCUUCCUGCUCUCCCUCGUACGCCCUUCCUGCUCUCCCUCGUACGUCCUUCCUGCUCUCCCUCGUACGCCCUUCCUGCUCUCCCUUGUACGUCCUUCCUGCUCUCCCUCGUACGCCCUUCCUGCUCUCCCUCGUACGUUCUUCCUCCUCUCCCUCGUACGUCCUUCCUCCUCUCCCUCGUACGUCCUCCCUGCUCUCCCUCGUACGUCCUUCCUCCUCUCCCUUGUACGCUUUUCCUGCUCUCCCUCGUACGCCCUUCCUGCUCUCCCUCGUACGCCCUUCCUGCUCUCCCUCGUACACCCUUCCUCCUCUCCCUCGUACGUUCUUCCUCCUCUCCCUCGUACGUCCUUCCUCCUCUCCCUCGUACGUCCUCCCUGCUCUCCCUCGUACGUCCUUCCUCCUCUCCCUUGUACGCUUUUCCUGCUCUCCCUCGUACGCCCUUCCUGCUCUCCCUCGUACGCCCUUCCUGCUCUCCCUCGUACGCCCUUCCUGCUCUCCCUCGUACGUCCUUCCUGCUCUCCCUUGUACGCCCUUCCUGCUCUCCCUCGUAUGCCCUUCCUCCUCUCCCUCGUACGUCCUUCCUGCUCUCCCUCGUACGCCCUUCCUGCUCUCCCUCGUACGUCCUUCCUGCUCUCCCUCGUACGCCCUUCCUGCUCUCCCUCGUACGCCCUUCCUGCUCUCCCUCGUACGCCGUUCCUGCUCUCCCUCGUACGUCCUUCCUGCUCUCCCUCGUACGCCCUUCCUGCUCUCCCUCGUAUGCCCUUCCUCCUCUCCCUCGUACGCCCUUCCUCCUCUCCCUCGUACGUCCUUCCUCCUCUCCCUUGUACGCUCCCCGCCUCCCCCCCCUCCUGCUCUACGCCCUCUUUCUCUCUCCUACGGCCCGCCCUGGCCCUUCUCCAUGUGCCUUUCUCUAGAUGCCUAG